ACCUGGAUGAAUUAACAGACUCAGCAGCAGCUGCUGCUGCAAUUCAAGGAGAGACUCUGCCAUUCCCUCCACUUGUCUCACACCCACUCCUCUGAAGAGAGGGAUGGACAGAUGCAAGGAUGGACAGGGAGAAGGGCAAGGGGGAGCUGCCAGGGGUGCUGUCUAAGGAGCCAGAAGCCACCGAGGAGAGGAAAAGGACAGCUGCUGGGCUGAAGAACAUGGGGAUGCCCAGGAAGAGGGGAGAUACUUGUCUGCAUCGCAGCUGCUUUGGGGAUCUCCUUGGGCCGGAGCCAUGCAGCUGGAGCCCUGUUGCUGGCUGCUGGGAGGGAGACUGGGAGUGAAAGAUAAACUAGCAGCUGAUACCCCAGGACUCCAGCCCCCUCUCUUUCCUCCUGGAAUCUGCUCCCCCACCGACAUCCCAGUCCCACAGGCCUCUCCCAGACUGCAGAAAUCACAGCCUCAGAAAGGGCUAGUUUCCAGUCUUAGUUUUUCCUGAUUGUCCCAGGCACAAGCCACCCAGGGAGUCUAUACCAUUGGGCUGAAGUUAAGCCUCCAGAAUUUUGACCAUCCAUGUGAAGAACCUAUUAUCUGGAUUUCAAAUGCCGUUCCUCUGUUCAGGCACUAGAGACCUAUAUGACUCCAGGAAAAGGGCCCAUGGCUCCUGCUGAAUCGGAGCUGGAUUCGCUUUGCAACUAAAAUAGACCUUUGGUUUCAGUGAGGUUAAAUUCCUUGGCUUGGCCCCAUCUCAGUUUCAACAAGACAGAAAUUCACUCCCUGCAGACAAAUGCGUGAAAGGGAAGGAGAACAUUGUUUUCAUGGGCUCAAGCCAUUGUCCCAAGGGUGCUGAUGAACUGGAAGAAAAAAUCCCUGAUUUUAGUUGCUUUCCUCCCAUUUUUGAUCACUUGAAGGACCAACAGAAGGGGUAGACUGAUGGAUACAGCUAUGUUUCUUUUUGCUCUCCACUUCACACCCUUUAAAGGGUGACGAAUAGGCUACUAAAGCGUUGUCUGAGGAGUCGGGACCUGUCGUUCCAGGCCCACCCUUCACGGCGCAUGGUGUGCUACUGACAGUGGCCUUGGCAUGUGAUAGACAAUGGCUCUAAAGCCUGGCCUUCCCCUGCAUCCAGCAUGUAGCCACUUUCGUGCAUGAGUGACUCCCACUCCUUGUUCUGCCUCACUGCGACAUGUUGCUCGUGACCAGCUAAAAUGGGCACAGGCUGCACUUGGCUGUGGGGAGAGGGGCCCGUGUCCCGCCGCUCCUCUGCCAUGCUCCUGACACCUUUCCUGAUUGCCAUGGCAAUGGCCGUCUCUGAGGCCAGUGCCAGCUGCCCUGUCCUCUGCACCUGCCGCAGCCACAUUGUGGAUUGCAGCGGGCAGCGGCUUUUCUCAGUGCCCCCUGACCUGCCCCUAGACACUAGGAACCUGAGCCUGGCACAUAACCGCAUCACCACCAUCCCGCCGGGCUACCUUACCUGCUAUGGGGAGCUGAGGGUGUUGGACCUAAGGAAUAACUCCCUGACCGAGCUGCCCACCGGGCUCUUCCUGACUGCCAAGCGGCUGGCCCACCUGGACCUGAGCUACAACAAUUUCAGCCUCGUGGCCGCUAAUAUGUUCCAAGAGGCCAACAGCCUGGUGAGGAUUGACCUGAGCCACAACCCGGGUCUGCGAAAGGUGCACUCCCAGGCUUUCCGGGGGCUAGCCCAGCUACGUGACCUGGACCUCAGCCACGGGGGGCUGUCCUUCCUCAGCCUGGAAGCCCUGGAGGGUCUCCCGGGGCUGGUGACUCUACACAUUGGUGGCAACCCCUGGGUGUGUGGCUGCACCAUGGAGCCGCUCCUGAAGUGGCUGAGGAAUCGUAUCCAGCGCUGCACCUCAGAUUCCCAGCUGGCCGAGUGCCGGGCCCCACCCGAGGUGGAGGGAGCCCCCUUGUUCUCACUGACAGAGGAGAGUUUUAAGGCCUGCCACUUGACCUUGACGUUGGACGAUUAUCUCUUCAUUGCCUUUGUGGGCUUCGUGGUCUCUAUUGCCUCCGUGGCCACCAAUUUCCUGCUGGGCAUCACUGCCAACUGCUGUCACCGCUGGAGCAAGGCCAGCGAGGAUGAGGAGAUAUAGGUGCACGGUCCUGGCCAAAGUGCCCUUCCCCCAACGGCUGGGGAGAUGCCGUUGAGAGCUGGGGCUGGCUGGCUGUGCUCCACCACGAUUCGUGCCCGGUGCUGUCACAAGCUGCUCCAUCCUCUAUCCGCAGCUGCAGCCGGCUGGGGAUACUAACUCAUCUCUGUUCCCAGUCCCUUCUGAUCCCCCAGCUGCGGUGCCCAGCGGGGCAAAGCCUGUGAGACAAGGAGAUCUAGCCGUGCCUUGUACUAGCCCGUUCACACUGCCGGCAGCAUUGGAGACAGCCAACGAGGCAAGACCCAACGUCAGUCGCAACACAGAUGGGCUGCCACAACCCACGUCGGUCGCCAGUUCUCCUCUCCACCAUGUCCUGCACACUCAUAUGCAAUAUCCACCUCCAUACAUGCACCCCUUCUGUGCCAGCUCUUGCUCCACAUCUGCCUACAAACCUAAAAUGAGGAGUUGGGCGGGGGAAGGGAAUAUAUAUGGCAGACAUCAAGUUGAUUUGCAACAGCCGUAGCUCUCCAGGGUUGGACAGCUACAGCCCAUCAGUUCUGUUUGUGGCUGUGGGGACUGUGGCCAUGGACACUGUGGUAUCCAGGGUUGUAGUACUGAGACAUGGCAUCUCUGAGGGCCAGAGAGGCAGGUUUAACUCUGAGGAACAGUCCCACCUUGAGACGUACCAUUGUAUGGUUGGAGGAGAUGCCAGAGCAAGAGUCUGCUGUUUUCUAAUUGGUCCUUGGCUAGAUGGUCAUUGGUGUUGAUGGAGAUAUGCCUCUGAACGGUUCUCUAGAUGCAGAGUCGAGAAUUCAAUAGGUCAGGGAGACUCUAGAGUUUGAACUUGGUCUGUCGCUCAAGACUAAGGGUCAGGGCAGAGGUGAGGUGUACUGGCAAACCUGAAGGGGCAGUGUGAGAUGGAGUAACAGGGAGGCUGUGGGUUAGGACCGAAGGGUGUCAGAAGAACAGGUGGGGGACCCCAAGGCUGGGACAGCAGGGGGGCCGUGGGUUGGGACUGAGGCACAUUAACAGAGCUGUGGAUGAGACGUAUCAGCAAAGCUGAGGCUUGGGGGGAGACCAGCGCUGGGACAGCAGAGGGCUGCAGGUCAGGCCUGAUGGGCAUCACCAAAGCAGUAUGUGAAUGGGAAGCCCAGGAGUGGAAUAGCAUGGAGACUAUAGGUCAGAAUAUUAGCAGAGCUGUAGGGGGAGCCCAGAGCACUGGAAUAGCAGGCAGGGUACAGUUGGGAUUAAGGGGUGUUGGCAGAGCUGGGGGUGGAGAACUUGGGAUAGCAGGGGGGGCUGCAGGCUAACACCGAGGGACAUGAGCAGGGCCUAGGUUGUGACUAGAAAGCUAUGCCCCAGAGGAGGGUUAUGGUGCAGUCUCAGGACUGGAACAGCAGGUGGUGCUGCCAGUCAAGUUAGAAAGUGCUAUGACAGUGCGAGGGGCUACUCUGUACUGGUGCUACCCACGUAGCUCUAGCUGGAGCGCACUAUUUCUCCCUACUGUGGACACUGAAAUUGCAGAUUGAAAAACAAACAUGCUUUUAAAAAGAAAGUGAGAGACCAUCUGUUCUGCCCUAGCAACUGCUCCUCUUAGUCCGUCUGUCUCCACAUGCCUUGAGCCUCUGGCAUUAGCUCCCCCACCCAUCCCUCCACAGUGGGUAAGUGGUUAUUAGCCUUGCAUUACAGAUGCAUAAACUGAGGUACUGAGCAAUUGGUAUGACUUUCCUAAGGCCACAUGGGCAUAGGUGGGGAGAGAACCCAGAGUCCCUAGCUCCUCCGUGCUAACCCCAGCACCCACAACCACUCCCCAGUAACUUAGCUAAGAACUGGAUCAACGCGACCAAGAGCAUUUGGGGACAAUGGCUCAUUUUUGGGACUAGCUCCACCCAACAUCAGCUGCCACUGGCAAAGUUGGGUGUAACUUUACUUUCGGAAGGACAAUGCAAAUAAAGGACACUAUAGCCAGUGCUCCCAGUGGAAAAGCCUAUCACCAUGUCUUAGAGAACGCUGUGUGCUCUGAUGUAUAGCCAACGUAUUUUGACACUUGUAUAUUUUUUAUUUUUGCAUAGAACUAGGACCAAACCUGGUGCCAAAUGCCACCCGAGCUUUCCAGAUUAUGUCCUUUGGUCUUGCCAACACCGGAAAGUAAGGAGGCUAAAAUCUGUCCGUGUGGGACAGAUCCCUUUAAGGAGUUGGUUUUUACAUGGAUGGCAGAAAUCUCUGCAGCUGAUCCAAACAGGGCUAAGAAGUGAGAAGCCUUUAAUCACAGGGUAGAUUUACAUUCCAUUGUCAUUCACACAUAAACCUGGGCCCACAGAGGUUCCGGUCAUCUAGCUGUCAAGAACUGGAAAGAGCACACAGGUAAUGUAGCAGUUUCUCAUCAGAAUCAUUUGCCCUCCCCUAGCCUUAAGCCCCCUUAAUGGAUUUCCUACACGUCUUAACAAAAUGCACUUCUACUCUGGAAAAUGACAAUGUGAGAAUGACACCUUCUGACUCAGCAGAUCUGUCCCCUAGGUGCAUCAAAUCAGCCAGUUUUAGUUGUUACGAUAAGCUUUGGCUGUGCAAAGUCAGUGCACGAUCGAUUCAGCUCCACAAAGGAACUAUCAACUUACUUUGGUAAUGCAGACAUGCCUGGGUGGGUGAUCAGUAGUGGGGGGUCAAACCAGGGAACUCUGGAUCAUCUCCUUCCAGCUCACUUAGCCAUCCCAUUUAUAGCAGCCCCAUCAAUCUCUAAUUAACCUAGUCACCACUAGAGGGGAACAGAGCCCCAAGUUGAACAGGCAUUGCUUAUACUUCUCUAAGGUUAAAUACUCAUCUGCCCCCCGUUACUGUAGUACCUGAGAACCUUGCAAUCUUUAAUGUACUUCACAACAUCCCCGUGAGGCUAGGAAGUGGUAUGGGUGGGAAGCUAAGGCAACAGGAGUUUAAGUGAUUUGCCUAACAUCAAAGAGGACUUGAGUGGCAGAGGAGGGAAUUGAACCCAUAUUUAGUAUAUUCCUUAUGCCACUCACUCUUAAACUGAACUUCACACCCUUCGAUAAUCUGUACGUUAUUCUCUAAUAACCAGAAACUUCUGUGCUUAAACUCUGUACCAUUCACCUUUUUUAAAAACCCUUGAUGGCAGUGGGAAUGGCUCAGAAGUCAUUGAGUCAUAUGGUCCAAAGGAUUGUACUCACUUCUCAGACAUGUGAAGAAGCUAAUCCAUGUGGCUUCUGAGGGAAGGGUAGGACCUCCUCAAAGAACUAGCAAAGUUCCAGAAGAAGGGGAAAUGGGUUCCAAAGAAACAGAAGCCAACAAGUAAUGCAGGUCGGAUGAAAGGUGCAAGGAUGAGAGGGGGCUGAGAUGGACAAUGAAACAGAUCCAGAGGGGGGACAUAGAGCAGAGAAUCCCGGAGAUCAUCCAUUGAUCCAAGAGAUUGAGGGAGCCAGGGGAUGAAUUCUGGAGUGAGGGCAAGGAAAAUGAAAAGAUCCCAGCUUGACUCUUAGAUCUUAGAGAGGCUGAGCUUGCGGAGCUGGCAGUCAAAGAGCUGAUAAACUGAGCAUGUGACACAUCCUCGCCUUGAAAUUGUAAACACAGACCUGCCCUCCCCACCCAUACAGCAAUUUUCACAGAGACACUUUCCAGAGUAGACCUGUACCUUGAGCUUCAUUUUUUCCUGUGUGUUCAUUGCAUGUAGGUACAGUACAUUGUGUAUGUGCGUGUGUGUGGUUUAACGCGUGCCAAACACAGAUAAUCGGCUCCUGGCUGAGGGAAGGAGCAGCUCCAGCUCCUUGCAUGCCUACUGCUGUCACUCCCUGGCUGCCGUGUCUGAGGUCUCCUCCAGUCCAAAUGCAGAAUCAGAUGAGCCAGAACACAAGGGAUAUUUUUUUCACACCUCUUGAAUUCUGAAUGGGCCUAGGUCCCAAUGCCCAAUGUCAAGGGGAGUCUUUGAUGUUUUUGCCACAUGACAGCGCUAGAGUUAAGACCCUCACCACUGAGGGAAUUGCUGGCAUACCUUGGGGACAAACCUGGUUGUCUUCUAUUUUUAAACAAACCUUUUGCACCCAAAAAAUGGCCUUUGUUUCAUUAUUUUUAAUCUGCUAAUUUCUUACUAUUGUCAUUAAACCUGAAAACAAGACCAUUUUGAUUUCAAGUGUUUUCUUUUUUUCUCUCUUUUCCCCCAAUUUUUUCAGUGGCAAAAAUCAAAAAGGGA